AAAAUAGAAAAAGGAAGAAGAAAAAAAAAGACAAUCGCCGUAAACGCCGCCAAGGCAGAUCCACGUAGGAACGGACAAAAAUCCGAAGCAAGGGUGUCACGGUCCGAACCUCGUAGGUUCGGAGCUGAACACAGCUGGAUAGUGGAUACAGGCUGUCACCCACAAAGUCCCACUCAGCGAUUCCCCUAACUGCGUUCGCUCUCUCUCUCUCUCCUUCUAUUUUUCCUUCCCAAUUCCCUCUCUCUCUCUUUCUUCUUUCCCCUCUCCUCUUGUCUCCGGUCUCUGUCUUUCUCUCCCCUUCUGUUGCCCCCUCGCCCUCUGCUCAUUCUCUCUCUCGUUCUCCUUCCCCCUUUUGCGUUUCCGGCUAGGGUUUCGCCCAUCACCUCCGGAGAUUCGCCGAUUUCACGUCGGCAGUCGGUGGAUCAAGAUUCCUUGCUUCGUUCUAUUAUUACUACAAAGAAGAUAAUCCUGGGAAGAAAGCAGCUUCUGUGAAUCACGUCGAGGACUCCUUGUAUCCAUGCUGGCUGAGAGCAUGCGUGGAAUCUGUGUUUCGGGUGAUGCCCCUGACGAGAUUUGCUGCCGAUGUGCUCGGUGUGGUCACAAUUUGUCUAGUAGGUCUCUUGAUCAUCUUCGGUCUCGUCUGCAUUGUCUACUCGUUUUAUUUCCGAUCACGCGUGCGUAAUCAGGACUUGCUUAGCUACUUCAGUGGUCCUUGGAUCAUCCGAAUCAUCUUCAUUAUAUUUGUCAUCUGGUGGGCUUGUGGUGAAAUUGUACGGUUGAGUUUCUUGAAACGCAAGGGGAGGGUGUUGAAUACCCUCGACUACAAAUGGCAGGAAAAUGUCUGCAAGGUCUAUAUCAUCUCGAAUCUCGGGUUUGCAGAGCCAUGCUUAUUCCUCACACUUGUGUUUCUGCUGAGGGCUCCCUUGCAAAAGAUGGAUUCAGGAAUUUUCGAUCACAAAUGGAAUGGGAAGACAGCAGGGUAUGUUCUUCUUUUUUGCCUGCCGGUGUUUGUGCUUCAACUCUGUGUUAUUCUAAUUGGGCCUCAACUGCACAAGGAUGAUGUGGAUACAUUGAUGAAAUUGCCCCCUUAUUUUACAAGCACAGCUACACCUACAACACAGAGCAGUGCUCCUAUUGCCCUCUGUACUUACCCUUUACUGAACACAAUCCUCCUUGGGAUUUUUGCCACCGUGCUUACCCUCUACCUGUUCUGUCUGGGAAGGCGCAUCUUGAAGUUGGUCAUUAACAAGGGUUUGCAGAAGAGAGUAUAUACCCUAAUAUUCUCGGUUUCAAGUUUCCUCCCAUUGAGGGUGAUUUUACUGGGGCUUUCUGUUUUAUCUGAGCCAGAGCGACUUCUUUUUGAAGCUCUUGCUUUCACAGCGUUUCUCGCCCUUCUGUGUUGUGCCGGGGUCUCUAUAUGCAUGCUUGUAUACUUCCCUGUUGCAGAUUCUUUGGCCCUGGGCAAUCUGACUGAUUUGGAGGCUAGGCGAAGGGUCAGUGAGGAACACAGUGAGAACAUCUCCCUUAUUGCUAACCAGAGCUACCCCGAAGAAAGCAGUAGAAUAAGCCCUGACAGAAACUCUGAUACAUCUACAAAGCGAGGAUCUAUUUCUUUUCGGGCUUAUGGGAAGGACGGGGCUUCGGCUGCCACAUUUGUAGAGCUGAGCCUGUUUUCUCCCAGUCGAGACGUCGCCCCACCAGGAUCACCCCCACUUCUCGGCUGGCCAAUGCGACCUCCACCAGCACAAGCUCAGCGACCACCUUGA